CAAGUGGAGGUGGGGGCGUGUCGGCGCGCCAUGCUGAUCACGCUGUGCUAUCUCUACCUAUGGGCGCGCUGGGGGCUCCGCUCCGCCGCCCUGAUCCGCCGUACCGUGCGCCGCCUCCACCGCUCCCGCUGCUCCUUCACCUUCUGCUGCUGCCGUUCCGCCGGGCCCCGCGCCCGGCAGCCGCGCAGGCCGGCGCCACCCGAGGAGCGAGUCUGCCUCCGCAUAGGGAACAAAGUCUUUUUCACGGACGAGACGCAGUUCUUUGAUGACUUAAACAGGUGGAGCCUGCUUCUCAUUUCUCCUUUUAUUUAUCCUGAGAAGUUACUUAAAGCAGAACAUAUAGCUUUUGUGACAGAAAGCAUUUCGGCUCCAACUGAUAAUUUGCAGAAAGUACCUGGCUCUUCAAAAGAGAUUGUGAAGUGGUCAGACUAUUGUUCACCAUUGGCCUAUAAACCUGGUGAGCCUUAUAAGUUGAUUGCUGAAGCAAGUGUAGAUAAUUUCAGUAACCUUGGAAUAGCAUUCAUGGAAGACAGGCUUGAAAUGGAUAAUGGAAUGGUGCCACAGAAGAUUGUUUCUGUCCAUUUGCAGGAAUCUACUCUGAAGGAGUUGGCGCAGGUGGCACCAUCUGUAAAAGAGCAAAGUGUAAGUGACAAAGAAAUGGACGAAGUAACUCCUGCUGCAACUUCUGGGACUACUGUUAAAUCAAGAUUAGGAGUAGCUGAGUCUGUAGGACAAGGUGAUGAAGAAAAAUCCAAGCUAGAGAAAGAAAGUGAGCACGAAGAUGAAUCCAACAGUUUAUCUGACAAAGAGGCAGGUUCUGGAGAACAUCAUCACUUGCAUCUUUCCAGUUGUCAUGAAUGCCUGCAACUUGAAAACAGUACUAUUGAAUCUGUCAGAUUUGCCUCUGCAGAAAACAUUCCAGAACUUUCUGAUGAUUGUGAUAGCAAGCAGGAAGAGAAGGAUGAUGACUGUCUAACCAAAAAAAUAAAGAGAGUAAACCUUGCUGGAAAGCCCCCUAAUGUAUUGAUUUAUCUUGGCUCUGAAACUGCAAAAGAGGAAUUUCAGCAGGUAAAAUCCAUCCUUCAGGAAUGCAUUGAUGCAGACAGCUACACCAUCUACCAGCUGCACGAGGAACAAGUUCUGAAAGCUCCAUGGAUUGAUAAUUCACUGCUGUUGAUCAUUGCCACAGAGGAGCCUAUUUCUGAGGAGAACCACAAGCAAUUUAUGAAGUUUUUAUGUAAAGGUGGAAAGAUUCUAGGGUUUUCUUCCUCUUUUACGUUUGAUGGCAUACAAAUAAGGAGAAAAAGCAAACUGAGGAACGCUGUUCAUGAAUUAGUGGUCUCUAAAAUGGACAGCACUGAAAUUAAGUUAAAUCUUUUGGUCAGUGGCUGUAUUUUUGAGGAAGUGAGGAAGGAAGAUAUCAGCAAAGUGAAGACAUUGAGUCGAUUAAAUAACGCUGAUAAAGAUAUAGUUAUUGUUCAUCUGACUUAUGGAGACAACGGAGGAGAAGCUGUUCUUUCUCAGGCACGCUUGGAAUUGGAUAUCAAUUCAAUGGAUGUCCAAACUGAAGAGGAUUUUAAUUUGCUUAAGAUAAGCAAUGCCAAGAGAUACGAAGUUCUCAAGGAGAUCCUGAUAUCACUUGGCCUGAAUUGUGAAUUAAGUGGAACUCCUAUGUUAACACCUAUUUACCUUCUCUCCUCUGAUGAGGAAAUCCAUCUUUCUUUUCUGAAGUGGCUUGAGGGAAAUGUAGAUGCUGAAGGAUUAAGAGCGUCCAGCAAAGUGUCUCUUAAAUUUGUUUCAUAUUGUGAAUCAAAAAUGGAAAUAACUCCAUCUCUCAUGCCAGUCAUCACUGAGAUGGGAAACUUCUCAUCAGAACAUUUCAAGCUGAAGACAUAUCAACAGAAUCUUCAAACAAAGAAGCUUGGAAAGAUUCUUCUUUUUACUGAAGUUACCACGACAACAAUGAAUCUUCUAGAUGGGUUAAUGUUCGAGUUGCCAGAGGAGAUGGGUUUAAUAGCAAUUGCUGUUCGACAAACACAAGGGAAAGGUCGUGGUGGAAAUGUUUGGCUCAGUCCUAUAGGCUGUGCACUGUCCACUUUACAUAUCACCAUUCCUCUACAUUCAAAUCUCGGCCAGAGAAUUCCUUUUAUUCAACACCUGGUGUCCUUGGCAGUGGUAGAGUCAGUUAGAUCAAUACCAGGAUAUGAGGAUAUUGAUCUGCGAGUAAAAUGGCCAAAUGAUAUUUACUACAGCGAUCUUAUGAAACUCGGUGGAGUUCUGGUAAACUCUACACUUAUUGAAACAACAUUUCAUAUCCUUAUUGGCUUUGGUUUUAAUGUGAGUAACAGCAACCCCACCAUAUGCAUCAAUGAUCUCAUCACAAAAUUUAAUAAGGAAGAGGGGACAACACUGAAGCCUUUAACUACAGACUGUCUUAUUGCAAGAACUGUAACUGUGCUAGAGAAACUCAUAGAUAUUUUCCAGGAGAAAGGGCCCAAUGGAGUUCUUCCCCGUUACUAUAAGUACUGGAUACACAGUGGUAAGCAAGUCCGUCUCUACAAUGAGGAGGGCCCGACUGCCUGGAUAGUUGGGAUAGAUGAUUACGGAUUUCUUCAAGUUCAUGAAGAAGGCAAGGGUGUAGAGUCUGUGCACCCAGAUGGCAACUCUUUUGACAUGCUGAAAAACCUCAUAGUCCCAAAGCACCGAUAGUCCUCAGAGUUCACAGUGCAAAGGGAGGCUCUUUAGUAUCUGGCACCAAACAGCUAAACUUGCUUAAAGGUGGGAAGAGUAGUUGAUAGCCUGAUUUUUUUUUCUUCUGAUUCUCCGGUAUCUUUGUUUUGACACGGAUAACUUCAACUAUUAAGAAGAGGUAAUUAUCUCAUUGCUGAAGGCCUUUAUUCUUCUCUACUAACUUUAAAACACAUCUACAUUGCCAUUCUUUGUGAACAUCAAUUCUUCAAAUGGAGCCUGAUUGCAAAGCAAUAUUUUGCAGUGAACAGGACUUUUUAUUUACACACUCUAUUUGAGAAACUGAAGUGGCUAAAUAUUUCCUUUUGUCUCUGUGUUUUUAUUGUUCUUUAGCACAAUGCAGUACAGUAUUUACAUUUUUACUAUUAUUUUUUUAAACGUAAUUCUGGUUUACGUGUUGUCUGCAGUGGAAACAGCUGGAAGAGCUCAUCAUAGACUACUCAAUAACUGGGAUUUCCACUGUAUUUAAAUUCAGGUCUAAGUGCAGAGCCUUGCUGAUUUGGUUCUUCUCUGUGUUGUGCCUCUACAACAGUUUCCCAUCCUGUGCUUUGGUCUCAGGUCUGCAACAUUCUUAUGGCUGCCUUGAGUUUUUGAAGGGUUUUUCACAAGCAUUUAAGAACUGUGGUUGGUUAUCCAAAAUAUUUGUACUCUGCUCUUCUUAAUCAAUUGGAUUUGAGUAAACCAUCUUCUAUCUGUUUUGAGUUACAGCCUUCCAACAAGCUUUUAGCCCCUCUAAGAAGAGCCCACUGGAGCAGAGUAGUUGCAAUCUUCUUAUCCAGGUUAUUGUAGAAUCCCAUGUCAAGAGGGGAAAGUCCUAAGUAAUAGCAAUGAAAUUAAGCAGAAAAGAAUGAGAGAAAAUGCCUAGCUCUUAAAAUCCCUGCCAUAAACAACAUGGCAUCUGGUUUUGCUGCUAACCAUUAAAAACAAGAGGUUUAACACCUGCUGAACCGAAAGUAGCUUGCUUUGGGGGCUGACUGCACAAUUCCAGGUUAAGUAUAACAGCUUGGUCAUAAUUGGAAAGCAUCAUGAAGGAGGCACGUGGGAGCUUCUGUGCAAUGGCAGCUUAUUGGGUUUUUCUCCAGGGCAAGGCAAAUUUGCACCAGGAGGCUUUGCCACCACAGCACUUCAAACAGUUCUCUGCAAAUGAAAAGUUUGUCAUAGGUGUGAUAUAGCCAGCUUCAUUUCCUCAAAUAGGCAGUGCUGCUUAUGAGGUUACCUUGUCCAUAUUGAACGUGGAUCAGCCAGAUUGGCUUCCACAAAGGACUUCUGUCUACUAGCCAGAAAUGGGGUUUUUAGGCUAAAGCGUGCCUCAUAAACAAUCUGAAAAUGUUAGUAGAUUGUUUCAGUUACAAAGCCAACAAGUCUUAAAACAAGGAAACUAGUCUGUGAUGGUCAUUUAGAGUAAUCCUCACAUAUUAGAGUUUAGGUGUUUUGGCAGCAAGUGCUAGAAAUUAAGUUGUCCCCAUUACAUUUAGGUUUUUAUGCACCAUAUCAGAGUAGAUUUUUCUGUGCCUGCUUGUCCAUACUCUGCUAUUUUGUUUUUCCCCAUGAUCCCUGUCAUAUGAGACUGCACAGCAGUAGAACUGUACAGUGGAGUGUAGACAGCUGUUGAUUGACAUAGUUAAAAUGAUACACAUGAACACCAGUUUUUGCUUUUUCCCACCAGAUGCUUUCAAAACUGUUUGUGAUUGUUAAUUUUUGGCAACUGCUUUUAUUUCAGUAUCAAAUAUUGGUGCAUAUUAUAAUCAAAUGAAACUUAAGUCUGUCUUAAUAAAGUCUAAAUAAAAAGAAGACGCCAUUUACACAUAAUAUGCAUACGGACACUCACAUCUUCCUUGUGCAUCUUUGCUUCUUUUCUUCCUUUUCCUUCAAGCAGCUUAUGAGCAAUGCAUGCUGCUGCAGGCCAGCUGUGGAGAGCAUAGCUCUGGUACUGUUUUUCCAAACACAGAGUUUUACGGAACUUUAGAUCUGUACCGCUAGCUGAUAUUUGUAGCUGAGGCACUGUCUCUGUUUUGAUACUAAGUGGUGCGCCUUUAGGAAGAACCUUUGAUUUUGCUCAUAUUCCAGAUAGAAUGGUGAGUGCCAUUGGUAGAGAUUUCUUUUAAAACCAGGUCAUGCAUCAGGUUUUGACUUGAAUUGCUUCCUUAAAACGUGCUCUCCCUCUGCUAGGGACAAGUACUUUAGAAGACUGGUGAGGGAAAGUGAUAAAACAUGUUCCUUUAUGAAGGGCAGAAUGGACUUGCAAAUCUUCACUCAGCUACACUACUGCAGUAUCUGAGCAGCAGGUAGAUGGAUUUUUUUAAUAGUAAAAUACUGCACUAUUUCCUGGUUGCUAUUGUUCCUUUUGGAUUUCUUCAUACCCUUCUUAAUGAAAAGCUUGUUCUGCUCUCACUUUGAGUUGUAAGAUUAUUCUGGGGUUUUUUUGCAUUGGAAUUUAACUUAGUGUUGAACUUCCUUUCUGCAAGUGAGAACUAACCAAGUGAGGAUUAGUUGGGACGUAGGUGGGUGCUGUGGGCAAGUACUGCUGUGCCUCUACUAUUUAGUGGCCAAUUCUGUGUGUAUAAAACUGUUGUCUUGAGGAAAGAGCCUUGAGUAGGAUGAAGUGUUUGUUACAAACCUAACCUUUGCUUCAGAAGAACCAAAGAACUCUGCAGAGAAAACUGCUCUUUUGUGGUAAGCAGCUGUUAUGGUUGGGAAAGCCAGUGAACCUUCCUGCGCUACAACUCACCUUAAGGCAGACAGAGAGCACUGCCCAUCAUCUUACUGCUUUUAUGCCAAACUUGGCACACCCAGAAAGCCACAACAUUUUUGUGUGAAAAUCAUUGUUAUUAUUAUUCUUUAUAUAUAACAAACAGAUGUAGCAUAGAGUGUACCUGGGCAUAGGUAUGGAAAGAACAGACAACUCCAGAUCCAGACGUAAGGCACUGAAAAUAUUUAAUUUCAUUCAGCUGUCUAGAUUAGUAAAAUGCCUCUUUCAUUGAGAGGCUGAAGUCAUAUCUUAAACUAUUUUCUUGAUGAAGUGCUUUCAAAAAAACAUUUAUUAUGAUGUCCAUAUUUCUGUGACUUCGUUUUUUUCCUCUCUGACUCUGUUAUAACAUUUCUCAUUACGCAUUGUGAAAAUAUUUGUAGAGAUUGUUUAUUGAUAGGAAAACUUAUGCCGAGCAAGCUGGCUGUGUUGGCUCACGUCUGUAUUCAGAAAGAGUAAGCGAGUUGUGUCCAGUCAGCACCAGUGCUGUUUCCAAAGAUUUGAAAAAGUAAUAAUGUAUUUAACAUUUAAGAGUUCAAGCGGUACGUCUCACUUUAGUAAAAGGUUUUAUAAGACUUCAGAGCGUUUUUUAAAAUAUAUCAAACAAUUAUAAUCUACUUCAAGGGCUAUCACCUAGAAAUAAUAUUAAAGCAUUUAAUUGUUUAUGCUGCUGCUUCACUGUACGAUGAGCAGUUUUUAUUUCUUUGCCUUUUCUGAUUCAGCUACAAGACGUCAGCAGUCUGAAAAAUUACUCUCUGCAACUGCUGUGGAAUAAACAGUAAAUAUAUUUUUUAAAAAAAAUUGAAGUAUAUCUCAAUAUCUGUUGUGAAUAAGAUAUGUGCCGGAAAGAACUGAUUCCUGGGGUAACUGGUUUGAUAAAAGCAUCUGCAUGCAUAAGUUAUACUGCAGUGAUGCACCACACUGAUCAGACACCAAAGAAAUUAAAUCUGGACUGAGGAGCGAACAGGGGUCACAAAACGCUGGCGUGCCGCAGGCUGCGGUCAUGUAACACACAAUUGAGAAAGAAGAACUGCGGGGAAGAAUUGUAAACCGAUGUUGUGUUUGAGUAUCUUGCAUUAGUGUGUUUCAUUAGUGAGUCGAUGUUAUUCUCAGUUUUCCAAGAGUCUUCCUUUAAAAUGCAACGGGGCUAAAAUACAAUAAAUAAAGAAAAAUUCUUCUGUUUUAUAGUACAUUACCUGUGAAAUAUAGAACAUAUUACGAUUUAAAUAAAUUUUCAAAUAUGCAACAUUAUUCUUUG